ACAGUACAUAUCAUACACACUGCCCCAUGAAAGGGCCUUGAUAAAUGGGAUUCUGUCUAUGUAUUUCAAUGGCUCCUCUUUACUAGUAGUAGAGUUCAACAUGGACACGAAAAAACCUAUCACUUUCUUGACCCGUUUUCUUGUCUCUCUCUGCAUCCUGUCAUCGCUCACAAGGUUUCAGGUCGGAUCCACCCCAGCCGCCGCCACAACCCAACAGCUUCUCAGGGGAUUCGCAGCCACCCCAAACCCAUCAAUCUCCUCUUUCCAAUCCCUACUCGUUGAUUCAACCGGAAACUACUCACUGGGUUUCCUCCGGGUCAACAAGGUCCUACUCGCUCUGGCCGUCAUCCACGUUCCAUCCUCCGAACCCUUAUGGGACGCCAACCCGACCAGCCCCGCGAGAUGGUACGACAAGCCCCGGGUCUUCUUCCAUGGCAGUCUCGUUCUUUCCGACCCGCAAGCGGGGGUGUUUUGGUCAAGUGGAACCGAGGGCGACCGGGUUUCCCUAUCCAACACAUCCAAUCUUGUUAUUUCUCUUGAUGGGUCCAAUUCGAUUCUCUGGCAAAGUUUUGAUUUUCCCUCCGACACCCUAAUGGAGAACCAAAAUUUCACCAGUACCAUGUCCUUGGUUUCUUCAAACGGGCUUUACUCAAUGCGGUUAGGAACAGAUUCCAUGGCCUUAUACGCCCGGUUCAACCGGAGCUCCGACACGGAUCAGAUUUACUGGAAGCACAGGGCUUUACAGGCCAAAGCAGAAGUCAUUGAGGGCGGAGGACCCGUUUACCUCGUCCUCAGCUCCGAUGGGUACUUGGGUAUGUACCAAAACAGCUCAGUUCCAGUCGACGUGCAGUCUUUCAACAGCUUCCAGCAGAGAGGGUCCGGGAUCCGACGGGUCCGGAUAGAACCCGACGGGAACCUCAAAGGGUAUUACUGGACCGGGUCGAAAUGGGUGUUGGAUUACCAGGCGAUAUCCGACCCGUGUGAAUUGCCCUCUGCUUGUGGGUCUUACGGGUUGUGUCAGCCGGGUAAGGGUUGCUAUUGUCUGGACAACCGGACUGAUUACAACUCCGGCGGGUGUGUCGCGCCGGAGAAUAACUCCGGCGACUUUUGCGGUGAUGGCAAUAAUAAGUAUUGGGUGUUGAGGAGACAAGGUGUGGAGUUACCCUACAAGGAGCUAAUGGGGUAUGAGAAGAUGGGGUCACUGGCUCAGUGUGAGAGUGCAUGCGAAGAGAACUGCACGUGUUGGGGUGCGGUGUACACUAACUCCUCUGGGUUGUGCUACAUGUUAGAUUAUCCGGUACAGACCUUGUUGAAAGUUAGUGAUGUGACCAAAGUGGGGUAUUUUAAGGUGAGGGAAGGUGCAGGGAAGAAGGGUGGUAUGGAGGUGGGGAUUGGGUUGUUGUGCGUGGGGGUAGUUUUGGUAUUUGGAGGGGUUGUUGGGUUUGGAUUGUAUAGGGUGAGGAGUAGGAAGAGAGGGGUGGCUGGGUACGUGGAGGAAGAUGGUGUGGUGGGUGUGGGACCGUAUAAGGAUUUGGGGGCCGCCAGUUUUAGGUCAAUUGAGCUUUGUGAGAGGUGACGCAUGGGAUGACGUGUUUUGGGGGUUCGAGUGAGUGAGAGCUUUUUCCAAAAAGCAUGGUGGAUGUGGGGUCCGGGCAUUUCUAAAUGGAGGAGUAUAUUAUAGAAUCAGCGAGAGCGGCUUUCCAUUUCAGAAAAUUUAUGCACACUACUUUAAUAAAGUAUAAAUGUGUCCGGAAUUGUUCAAUGCAAAUAUAUUGAACAAUUUUGAAUACAAUUCUGUACCGAAAUUGUGUUUUAAGUUGUGUGCAUGUCGUUGCUCUUUCCAUUUUGUGUUUAGUACAAACUUGUGUGCCAAAUAUAGGAGUACACCUGCAAAAUGUUGUAAAAUUCUUGUACGUCAGAAUUUAAAUGACAAUUUAUUGAUCAAUAACCUUUCUUAA